CCCAGGCCACCGAAGGCACGACAACCCUUAUCGUGCCUGCCCGCUUCCAAUUCCGUUGGCUCUCGUACAGCUUCCUCUGUCAUUGCUCGCGCGAGCCAGCCGCCUUAGGAUCUUCUCGUGCUUCCCCACGCCGAGAAUCUGACCCCUCUCCCCGCCUUUCGCGACGAAAGUCGACCCAGACGUUGCGUCCCAUCGUUUCUACUUCUACUGCACCGUCGCCUAUCAAAAUGGCCACCCGCGCCACCAUCACGUUCACCCAGGCGGGCAUCCAGCCCCCCGUCUACGUCGUAACCUCCCUUAGCACUCCGCCGUGGGACGCAUUAGAAAUGAGCGUCAGUGACAGCAAGACUGAGGCUGGCGACCUCGUCUUUACCAAACAGUUCGACCACGUCCCCGCCGGCAUUUACCAGUACAAGAUUCGCAUUGGCGAUGGCUUCUGGGUUGUAGACGAGUCCAAGGAUGCGGCUACUGACGAUGCUGGCAACCGAAACAAUGUGAUCUAUGUGAAAGCCGAUACUGACUCUGUCCCUUCCGCAGUCGUUUCAGCAAACGCCCUUCAAGAAGACUCUGCUCAGUGUGGCGUCCUCGCUUCAAAACCAGAGCUUGAACCCGCUCCGCUAGCUCAGGCGGAGGAAGAGACGCCCUUGCUGUCCGAAAACGAUGCCAAGGAGCCGUCCACCCCUGCACAUAAGGAUCAGGCUACUAGCGUCCCAGUUCCUUUCACGGUCGUUGAGAAGGUGCCCGACCAAGACCCGCCUCAAUACGGCGACAUUGAGUCGGAUAGCCUUCAUGAGGACUCGUCAAAACGCACAGCUGAUGCCGAACCUGACUUCGAGCAGAUCGAGCCCGAGUUCCCAGUUGAGACUGGGCUCCAGCCAGAGCCAGCUUCUGUUCCAACCAUUGUCGUUGAAAAGACCGAUGGUGAGCCCUCGCAUGGCGACGAUUUUGGGGACCAUGCCACCACUGCCCAGAAGAUGGCUCACGAGCAGAGGGCGGCCGACGCCUCUCCAGACGAAGUAGUAGUUUCUUCGGACUCCCAACCUGUGGACUCCUCUUUUGUUCAAGACAACGUUAGAAAUAUUGAUGUCCUGGACACUCAAGAGCCUCAGGUAGAAUCUGGGACAUUGGAAGACAUAUCCCUCCCCUUAUUUCGUCACGAGACUUUCGAUGACCUCGGGGUCGAAGAUACCGGCGCUGUUGUGUCGGAUCCAAUUGACAUCAUUGAGGAAGAAUCACUGCCAUCUUCAACCGAUCGCACAGCGUCACAGGAGGAGCAACAGCUGAGCAACAUCGCCGAAGAGGACGAGGAGCUUAACGCAUCUGUCGAAACUGAGUCUAUUGGAGAGCUCGACAACGGUCCGUUAUUAUCCCACGAGUCUGGAUUCUCAGGUUAUACCGCUAGUGGUGAAGAUGAAGGUGUCGACCUUGAUAAUAGCUCAGACUUGCCUACGGAAGAGGAUAGUCUGGAGGACGGAACCUAUGGGUCCGAACGUGCUCCUACCUUCCUUCAUGAGAAUAUAGGCGAGGAGCGUUACGACUCCGAAGCUCCUCUUCUCCCUCACGAACGGUCUCCAAGUCCACCAAGCAUCGAGGGUAGCUCGAGCUCUUCUAUGCCAAGCAGCCCACUGAAAGAAAGCAGUGCACCAACAUUUCCGCAUGAGAGGCCUACUACGAACGGAAAAUUUUUUGCAAAGAGGACGUCGACAGGAGGUCUCCCGGAUAUCCUACCAAAGUCGGACGAAGAGGAUGAGGAUCUGCAUGAUCCUUCUCUCGAACAGUUCCCGAUAGGUCGCGAGGAGAUUUUGGAGCGGGUCAGUAGUAUUGGCCGCCAGAUGCCUGAGGACCAAACUCAUCUUACCCGGAGCACCGGUCUCGAAUCUGUCGUUGAAGAAAGGUCGGAGCCGGGCAGCUCGCCUGACCUACCAUCCCCAGUAGUUGCGCAUUCUACACCCGCUAUGACCCAGUCUGCCGAAGUCUCAGUCGUACCCAGUCCCGGAUCUCCUGAUGAGCCAGCCAAACCCUCUGCCGCAGUUGAGGAGCUAGCUGUUGUUAGCUCCGAAACUCCAGCCGAUGAGCCUACCACGUCACCUUCUGCGGCCGAGGAGCAUACCGAUAUCCAAGCGACCCCAGUCACUAAUGCUGCGGCUGUCCAGACACAACAAAAUCGCGAACCUGAUAAGACUACACAAAGGGAGGCCAGUCAGAGUGAUGCCGAGGGUGUCCAGAAACAUAAUGGCCCCAAUGAUGGUUCCAAGGACUGGGGUAAACUAUAUGAUUCAAUCGCUCGGCCCGCAACAGCCCUCGAUCCAUUCACUCCUCCGAUGACCCCAGAGAGGAAAAUAGAGUCGCAAGACACCGAGGCAGCCCCUGGUUCGGCUAGUGAACGCAAACAUGUCCGGCAGCCGACUAGCGAUUCCAUGAAGAUCACACCAGCACCCCCACGAGCCUGGGAGAUGGAUCCAGCGGACCAUUACCCCCCAGGCGCGGAGGGGGACAAUCGGACCCCAACCCCUGCUGACUUCCACCAGCCCGCUCCAGAUAAGAAGAAGAACUGGCUCGUCGCCUUCCUGGGUAUCGUCUUCGCCCCGAUUGGCAACAUCUUCGCCGCCUGCUUUGGCGGAAAGAACCAAGCUAGGUAAGCUGAGAGCAUCUUAUCUUCCGGGAGAAUAGAAGUAUUCGCUAUGGCCAAUUUCCGUAGCGAGGCUUCUAAACAACAACCCUUUUCUAAACUCUUUUCUUUUCCGUCUUCGCUCUACAUAGAGCUA